AUGGCUGGUAUGCUUCCUGGAGUUGAAUCUGCAAGAAGAAGAAGAGUCCAUUCUGAUUCUCCAACCCCAUCUGGUUAUAACUUCACAAGGCGUUCGUCUUUUUGUUUAUAUACAAGCAAUCAUGAAAACCUUCACAAUUCAUCCUCUUCCAUGAGGAAUCCGAUAAGCCAGGCAUAUUGUGAUGAAAAGCUAGGGGAUGUGGCUAGAGAAGCCAAGAGAAGGUUGGAUGAGAGGCUGAAAGCACAGUCGACAUCAAAAAUCAAAAGGGUUUCGAGUCCUGCAAUUGAAGGGACAGAAGUAUUUGGAUUAAAGAAAAAGUUUAAUUGGGCAAAAUUAAGCUGGAAAUGUACAGAACAAGAGGAAUGUGCAGUGUGUUUAGAGCAUUUUAUGGCAGGAGACACCCUAAUGCAGUUGCCAUGUGCCCAUAGAUUCCAUUCAAAGUGUUUGGUGCCAUGGCUGGAGAGUAAUGCACAUUGUCCUUGUUGUAGAAUGGUAAUUCAAAAUUGA